AUGAUAACUUUUCUACCCAUCAUUUUUUGCAUUCUAGUAGUGGUUACAUUUGUUAUUGGAAAUUUUGCUAAUGGCUUCAUAGCAUUGGUAAAUUGCACUGAGUGGGUCAAGAGACAAAAGAUCUCCUUUGCUGACCAAAUUCUCACUGCUCUGGCUGUCUCCAGAAUUGGUUUGCUCUGGGUGUUAUUAUUACAUUGGUAUUCAAUUGUGUUGAAUCCAGCUUUUUAUAGUGUAGAGGUAAGAACUACCACUUAUAAUGUCUGGGCAGUAACCAGCCAUUUGAGCAACUGGCUUGCUACUAGCCUCAGCAUAUUUUAUCUGCUUAAGAUUGCCAAUUUCUCCAACCUUAUUUUUCUUCACUUAAAGAGGAGAGUUAAGAAUGUCAUUCUGGUGAUGCUGUUGGGGAAUUUGCUAUUUUUGCCUUGUCAUCUUUUUGUGAUAAAUAUGAAUCAGAGUGUACAGGCAAAAGAAUAUGAAGGAAACAUGACUUGGAAGAUCAAAUUGAUGAGGACAAUGUUCCUUUCAGGUACGACUGUAACCAUGCUAGUAAACUUAGUACCCUUUACUCUGACCCUGAUAUCUUUUCUGCUGUUAAUCUCUUCUCUGUGUAAACAUCUCAAGAAGAUGCAGCUUCAUGGGAAAGGAUCUCAAGAUCCCAAUACCAAGGUCCACAUAAAAGCUUUGCAAACUGUGAUUGCCUUCCUCUUGUUAUGUGGCAUUUACUUUGUGUUCGUAACCAUAUCAGUUUGGAAUCUUCAGACUCUGGAUAAUAACCCUGUCUUCAUGUUCUGCCAAGCUAUUACAUUCAGCUAUCCUUCAGCCCACCCAUUCAUCCUGAUUUGGGGAAACAAGAAGCUAAAGCAGACUUUUCUUUCAGUUUUGUGGCAAGUGAGGUACUGGGUGAAAGGACAGAAGCCUUUAUCUCCAUAGAUUCAAGAGAGGGGCAUUGUGUGUCUUCUAGCAGAAAACAAA